UUUCGUUUGAGCUCUUCAGCGUCGCAAUCAGAGCAUCCAGCGAUGAGAUACAGCAGCAGCAGCACCACCCACCGCCGACGCGGGCCAUCUUCGGUCUUUUGCUGGUUUUGCUGAUAAGCAUAUGGGCCGCCGCCAGGUGGACCCAGAGCAAGCUCGGAAGGCAUGUGAAGCAGUUAGAGGUGGCAUGAAGAUCCGAGAGGCCUCUGUAUAUGCUCUUUGGGCUAUAGAUGGGUGGUCGAGUAAGAGCCGCCUCGAUGGCGAGGUGGCCAUGAAAGCAAAAGUUGGUCCCGCGACUGCCCUGAGCGAAGAAGAGGAAAAUUCUCUUGAAGAUGUUCUGCUGUACGCUGGUCGUCACUGCUUGGCUGUGGGUCGGCUGCACCUGCUAGAAACCGUUAUUGCUGUGCAACGACGGUCGCCCGAUCCCUUGGGAUCCAGAGAAGGGUCCGGGGAAGGACUGGCUGGCUGGCUUCCUCAAGAGGCACCCACGGGUGUCGGAGCGGACGACUCGCAUCUACGAGUCAACCAGAAUCACCGAGGACAAGGAGCCUCGCAUCGUCGAGUUCUACAAGUAGUGGGCAGCUCUCCUCUCGACGAGCACAAGCCGGAGGCCGACCACGUGCAUAACACGGACGAGACACGUGAGGAUGUACUUGUUGACUAG